AUAGCAAUGAAAUAAACGUGGAAGAAUAUUUAAAAGAGGCGUGUCAUAGCGACAUAGACAUAGAAGAACUAGUUACAAAUGUUGAAAUGGUCACACUAAAGAAAGGCUAUUCGUUUCCAAGUUUUGAUGAUGCUAAACAACAUGUACAAUG